AUGAGGGCCCAACAGGAGAAUCGUGCUUUUUGGGUUGGGUUGGGUUGUCGGCACGGGUUGGGCUUUUGCGCGGCGGAGGCCACCCCCUACCACUGCAGCAGCAUCCCAGCAGCCAUGCUCGCCGUGAAGCGCGCCUUCGAGGGCAGGAGCUCGGCGGCGGAGGAGCCGCCUCCGAAGCCAACCACCACGCGAGGCGGCCUUCAGGUUCGCUUCACCGCAAAGCUGACCGAAGCGCUCGAGCUCGUGAGCCGCUCGCCGCGAGGCCUGCUCGCCGCCGCCACCAUCGGCGGCUCGGUCACCUUUGUGGACGGCUCGGACCUGUCGUUGCUCGGCGCGACCGAGGAGCUGCACGAGGACCCGCCGAAUGCGGUCGCGUGGGCGGCCGGCGGCGAGACCCUGCUGCUGGCAGGCGAGGACGGGAUCGCACGCGUGGUGAGUGUGGCGAGCCGGUCGGUAGUCCGAUCGCACGCCGUGCGAGAGGAGCCCGAGGCGGGCAAGCGGCCGCGAUGCCACCCCGUCUCCCGCCUGGCGGUGCUCGGGGACGGCGCCUUUGAGUUCUCCGCCUCGUUUGUCGCCGCCGCGGGCCGGGUCGCGCACUGCUACCGCCUCUCCGACGGCACGCUCGAGCACGUCUGCGAGCUCGCCUCGCCCGUCCACGCCCUCUGCGCCGCGCCGCGCGGAGAGCCGCUCCACUGGGCGUACGCCUUGGCGGUCAAGGGGUGUGUGCGGCUCGUCUCUCGCGCCGGGGCGACGGUGCAUGAGCUGCAGAUCGGCAGCGUCGUGCGCUCGCUGGCGAGCAGCGGGCAGUGGCUCGCGGCGGCGGAGUACGACGGCACGCUCAAGCUGUGGGGCCUCUCCCCCGUGACCAGCCCGCUCACGCUGCGCGGCUACUGCGGCACCGACGGCAAGGACGUGCAGUGGAGCGCCGACGGCGGAGGGCUCGCCGCGAGCGGCAGCCAGGCGGUCGUCUUUGACUUCACGGGCGCUCAGCCGCCGCACCCGUACCGCUCGCAGCCGUGGCGGCCGGCGGCCGGCAAGCCCGACUCUGUCCCGCGGGGCCUGGUGCGCGUGUGGCAGCCUCGCAGCCUGCCGCUGCGCAAGGGCGGGCAGGGCAACCCCACCCAGCCGCAGCUGAUGAAGCCGCAGCUGUACACCUUUGUGCGGCAGGACGCGACCCACCCGUCCGGCGAGGCGGCCGAGCCAUGCGCGCUGCUGUGGCUGGCCGAGGACACCGUCGCGGUGGGCUACGCCUCGGGGGAGAUCGUCGCCUUCCAGGUGACGUGA